GAAACUGAAUUUCAUAUUUUGUUUUCAUCAAAAAAAGCAAUAAAAACAACAACAAAAAUGUCAUUUCAAUCAAUGUUAGAAAGUAAUGAAUGUGGCCAAACAAAUCCAAUGAUUGAUCUGGCUCGCCAGCUUACAUCAUCAUCAUCAUCACCAGCAUCAUCGGCUAUUAACAAUGUUCCAUCAAUGAUGAAUGAAUCAUUGACAUUUGUUGAUAAUAAUGGCACACAACAACAACAACAACAAUCGGAUAAUCCAUUGUCAUCGGCUGUUGAAUCAUUAUUGUUAAAUACAAAUGGUGGUGAUCCAUUAGAAUCGUCAGCAUUCAAUAUGGAAUCAUUGUUAGAAGAAAUGAAUCGUAUGGAAUCCAAAUUGAUGAUGAAUGAUGAUCAACAUGAACCACCAGAUUCUAUUCGUUCAUUAAUGAAAACUGAUCAAGAUCCAUUUUGGAAUGAAUUUUCACAGAAUCUAAUUUAUGAUGAUCAACAACAACAACAACAAAGUUUGUCAAUGAAUGAAAAUAAUAAUAAGCUACCGGAAUUGAAUGUAGAUUGGGCUGAUGAAUAUUUACGAAAAUUAGAGCUAAAUAAUAAUGAUGAAUCAUCAGCCACUACAGCAAUAAAAACCUCGAAUGUUGUUGAAUCAUCAUCAACAGAUCAAAAUAGUGUUGAUGGUAGUUGGGAUUUGAAUGAAAAAGCACAUCAAUUACAAACAGAUCAACGGCAAUCAAUAAUGAAUGAUGAUUAUCGUAACCAACCAGUGGAUAAUGUUGAUGAAUUUUUUCCACAACACCAGCAACAACAACAACCGCAAUCAUUUCUACCAUUUUUACGUCCAAUUAUACGUAAUGAUUUUGGAACACACACAUCACAAUCGACAAUUAGUGAUGUUAAUCUAAAUGAUUUAGUAUCUGAUCAAGAAAGUCGUUUGAUCAAUAUGUUACUUGGCAAUAAUAAUAAUCAAACUAUUGGUGAAAAUCAAGUUCCAUCAUCACCAUCAGCAUUUCAAUCGACUGUAAUUGGAUCUAAAUUGGAACCAGAUAGAAUUUCACGAGAAGAAUCUUCUCAACAACGACAACAACCGGUAGAACAGCCAUCAAUGAAACUAGGUGGAGAUGAAGUUAAAACUGGUGAAAAUUUUUUCUAUGAAAAUCAAUUCGAUGAUAUGGAAUUCUGGAUGAAAUUGGCUGAAGAAUGGCAUUCAAAUGAUAUAAUUGGUAGUGGCACGGAUUUAUUGGCUGAUGUCGAUACAAACGUCGUACAGAUUCUUGAACCAUUGGAAAACUUGUUGAAAUCUGAUCAUCGUUAUUAUUAUAAAUUGAUUGAUAAUAAUCCAUUCAUUUUGGUGAAACAAUCACAACCAGCAGCACAAGUAGAAAAAACGAUAUUACCUGAUUAUAUUGAACAAGGUAAACAACGUAUGAAUCAAGGUGAUCUGUCAGCUGCUGUCUUGUUGUUUGAAGCUGCCGUACAACAACAACCAGAAAAUGUGGAUGCAUGGCGUUUGUUGGGCAUUGCUAAUGCCAAAAAUGAAAAUGAUCAUAAAUCUAUUGCAGCAUUUAAACGUUGUCUAUCAUUACAACCAAAAGAUGAACAAAUCAUACGAGAAUCAUUGAUGUAUUUAGCCACGAGUUUUACAAAUGAAUCAAUGACAACCGAGGCAUGUAAUGCACUACAAGAAUGGCUUAAUAAUCAUCCAAAAUAUCGUGAUCUAAUGAACAAAGAAUCUGAGGAUGAACCAUAUCUAGGCCCCACACCAUUAUCGAAACGAUGGAUGCAAAAAACUGUACGUGUAGGAAAUCCAUUUUCCAACGGAUUAUUUGAUUCAGUUCGACAAAAUUUUCUUGAAGCUGCUCGAUUAUCAUCUGAUGAACAACCAGAUCCAGAUGUUCAAUGUGGCCUCGGUGUUUUGCAUAAUUUGUCCGGUGAAUAUGAAAAAGCUAUUGAUUGUUUUCGUUUGGCAUUGGAUUCAUUACCAGAUGAUUAUGCAUUAUGGAAUCGAUAUGGUGCUUCAUUAGCCAAUGGUGGCCGUGCUGAAGAAUCAAUGUCUGCAUAUCGUGAAGCAUUGAUUCGUUAUCCAGGCUAUAUUCGUGCUAGAUAUAAUUUAGCCAUAUCAUGUAUGAUGAUGGGUUUCGGUGAAGAAGCUGCCGAACAUUUGCUUUCGGUAUUGAAUCUACAAACUGCUGGUGCUGAUUCUAUCAAAGAUAUGGUCGAUCUGAAUAGAGAUAAUAUUACCUCGGUAUCGGUAUGGAGUUUAUUACGAUCAGCAAUGUCAAUGCAUGGUCGUAUCGAUUUAUUGGAUCUAGUUGAUAAACGUGAUCUUGAACAGUUGACAAAAGAAUUUCAUAAACCAAAACCAUCACCGGAAGAAUCAGAAGAUUAUGUGGAUGCUGAUAAUGGCAAUGAAGAUCAACAAUCCAAUUCUGAAUGACUGCUGCUGCUGCAACCGUCGAUGAGGAAUGAAUGUAAAAAAUGUAAUGAUUAUUCGAAUUGUAUGAUACAAAUCGAUGGUGAAGAUCAAAGAAUGAAUUUGAACGAUAAGUGGAUAAGUAUAAAUGAUAAUGAUUUGUUUGUAAAGAUGGAAAAUCAGAACGUUAUGGACAUCAUGCACGAUUUUCACGAAUUGUAUCUAGAUUCAUUACAAUAUUCAUCUAAAUAUUUUAAUCAUCAUCAUCAUAUAUGUCAUAAAUGAUUUAUUGAUUUUUAUUCAUUCAUUCAUUCAUUU